AAAGACUAAAGAAGAAAAAAGAAGGGUUGCAGUGUAACCAGCAGCGUUUUCUGCUACAAUGCUGGUGAGGUUGGUUCAGUGUGCUUUCCAGUCUCUGUCCCGUCCCACUGUGCCCGUCUCCUUAUCCUGUUUGACUUCAGGGAGGCACAACGUGAGGCUUAGGACUAUUCGCGGGCCUGCCCGCAUCCUCAGCAAGGUUCGCUCCAGCUGUCAGAGCAGCAGAUGUGUCUCCACAACAGGCCACACUGAGGAUGGGAUCCUGGUUUACUCGGGCAGCCUGGGGACUGCUGUUAGGGGGGUGAAGAUAUUCUCUUACUGUACCAGUGGCGCCAGCCUCAUCCUCAUACCACAAAUCCUCCUGAAGACUGGGCUGGGAGUCAGUAGCAUCGCCCUGCAGGUUGCUUUAGGCAGCAUUGUAGGCUUCUUCACUUUCCUCACUCCCAUCCUCCUCCAUCUCAUCACAAAGGGCUACAUUAUCCGUCUGUACCAUUAUCCAGAUAGAGACACCUACACUGCCAUCACCUACAGUGUCUUCCUGACAGAGAAACGGUGUGUGUUCCAUCAGAGUCAGGUCAGGAUCCCAGCUGUUAGCAAAAUGUUCACCACCUUUUAUGCUGGUCAUGUGGGAUUCCUGGUGAAUCCGGACCUCUUCUCCUUUCCGCAUGACUAUAAUCAUCUCAUGGGCUAUGAUAAGCCCUUUAACUUUAUGAAAGACGACAUGGAUAAACUGCAGAAAACCUAAAAGACUAAAACAGUCUGAAUAUUAGAUUAACUAGUCAAGUUACAAAGAACAUGCACAGACUUACACAGACACAGUCUGCCUUUCUUUCACUGUGAGUUGCACUCUUUUCUACAUAUAUUCACCAAAUAAUUUCUUCCACUAAUCUGGAAAGGUGUACUUCACAUGUAUCGUUUUUCACCAGCAUCUUUACCGGUCAGUGAUUUGUGUAUACUUGGUGGUUUUAUGUGUUGAUUUAAAUAAAAACUACAUAAUAUCA